UCUGCCCUUGGAUGCGGAUCAUCAUGGCCACCAACAAGGUGAGGAGUCAGCUCUUUGGAUUACUUGUGCUAGCACUGUUAGCGCUACGGACUAGGGACGUCAACGGGCAGGCCAGUUCCUACGCGAAUGAGGUCAUCCUCGGUGGAAUCACCGCGGCCACCAACACGCUCUGCUGGACGGAGUCGGUCAACGUGCGGACCUUCUUCCGGGUGCCGGCACGGGCACUGACCUUCACAUCGGCGACGGCCGUGACCUACAUCCACUGCUGGAACAAUCUGCCGCUGCAUCCGUUUACGGCCAGCAUCGUGGCUGGUGGAAUUGGAAAUGCCGGAGCCAACACCAUUGCACUGUCCGGCGUCACCGGCAAGCUGGUGGCCACCUGCGAGGCUUACUGUGUCAUGGUUGGAUGAGUCACUAUUGUUUGUGCUAGUUUAGUUAUUUAUUAUAGAU